AUGGGUUCCUGUAUGUCGGCGGGCAUCGAUCCCGGUGGGCACGGCGACAGUCGUGCUGUCAUUUUAGUUGCCAAACUUGUCGGCGACAAUGUUCCCGGCGAUUCCAUCAUUGAGAAUCUUCCUACAGAGAUGCUUCAGAAGAUCAUGAUGUCCAUGGACGCCGAGACACUUCUAGCCUUCAUCCGGACGUCCAAGAGAGUUCACCUAGCCUACCAGGGAGCCUCAAAUCUAAUUGCCUUGGGUUCUAGUGAGCAAAGCGUGGGCCCCGAGCUCCUUCCCAUCGCCGUCAACUGCUUCAUGGCCCGAGCACUCGACCUAUUCCCCAAGGCAACCAACCCCGGAAACAAGAACAUGGUUUUCUCCAUCGCCCACAGCUUCAUCAAGUCAUCAAUCAGCACCCAGGCCAUGACACGCAAACUGGGGCGUACCUACUUCAGUCUACAGCUGGCGCUACGCCUCCAGUCAUUCCACCAAGCAGUGGUCGAAGUCUUUGAUGACAUGUACCUUGACUCCCUGCGCAAGGACAGCUCUUCAUUCAUCGAGUAUACACUAGAGGAGAAGACAAGGGUCUUGAGGGCCCUGUACCUCUUUGAGCUUGUUCACCUGCUCCUUGUGCCCGUUGCUUCCUUCAAUGAUUGGCGGCUCCAGAAAGGCAUCAGCGCUGCCUUUUGGAAGAACUUUGCGCCCUGGGAUCACUCCCAGGUGCUCUACCUGGUCGAGGACUUUCUCAGUCAACGCGUGAUUAAGGGUUCGUAUACCUCUAAGGGCCCUCUUCUUUGCGUCUCAUUUUACUCACCAAUCAUUCAUGUAGCCUCCGAGCAUUAUAGUCAGCACUUCGCCGCAUUGGGCGAUCAGCUAUACCACAGGCUGUAUCCCAACUAUGGCCGCGGCGCUCCGCCUCCGACCCCUCUCUGGUGCCCUUGUCAUCAAGAACUAGUUUGUGAUUGGCACAGAGUUACGGGCACCAUUUGCCCCGUGGAGGCAAUGAUGGUUGUGUUUGUCAACGGCAUCCAGGGCACACUCGACAUGGAUUCCAGCGCCGACAAGUACAUUGAAGCCCGCGUCACCAUGGUCCGUGGAAGACGCCCAAUUCCCACCGCGCCGUUGCUCAUUACAUUACCUCUUGAAAUUUGGCCCGCUGUACCCUUGUGGGAUCAAGUCCUGGGUUCAUGCAACGACGUGUUCCAGGUCAUGGAGGGCGCACUUGCCAUAUCCCAGAUCUACGACUGCCAAGAUGAAUUGAUCUUCCUGCUGUGGACUGGAACCAUCAUUUCGAGUAGGUCGCUCCACUUUGGAAGUAUGAACAACAUUACCGGUCAAAUGGCUAAAUAUCCGAACGAUUUCCUCUUUCGGAGUCUACAUGUCAUAGAGAAGCACAUGGAGAGCCACGAUGUGAUGGAUCGUGUGCUGCUCACAUACAUGCAGAGACUGCAGAAGAAGGUGCUGGAGCAGCAGCAGCAGCAGCAGCAGUAG